AUGGAUGCCCCUUCCCUUGUUCAAGUAAAACGUAAAUAGACUUUGAAGAAUUAUAAUGUGUUGACGGUCAAUAGGCACUGAACAUGAAAUGGGACCUCUACAACCUUCCUUUAAAUAGCCCUGUAGGUUUCCCUGCUCAACAAGCGCGCUAUUACAGGCAUUCAAUGGCACGGUAACCUGCAUUACCAGCCUCUAUUGCAAUGCGGUGGCGCUCCACAGAUCUCUCCCAGUCUGGUGUUGGCUGGUCGGGGAUAAAGCUGAGUGCUGUUCGGUCAUGUGAUUCCUGUUUUUUUUUUCUUUCCUCCUUCUAAGUUGAAAGGCAGGAGCAGAGCGGUGGAGGGGGCCCAGCUUGCCUUCCUACUUGCCGUUGAUGCAACGUUUUUGUCUUUUUUCCUCCACAUUAUUGUUCGUUUCUCGCUCGGUGUGAUAUUUUCACCCCCACCUUUCCUUCGAAAUGGCGGGGGCUAUUAUUGAAAAUAUGAGCACCAAAAAGUUGGUGAUAGUGGGAGUUAUUCUGCUUUUGUUCCAAGCGUUUGCCUUCAUGGUCGGCGGUUUAAUUGGUAAGUUUAUUCCUCACUUGUACUCUUUGUUGGGCUAACGUUUGUCUCUGUGCGCGUGUGCCUGUUGAAAACCAACCGUAAAUGUCACCAAACGGCGAAAGAACAAAGUUUGUAGAUUAGCUCUUCGACACAUGCUCCCACAAACAUGUUAUCCGGUGUUUCGGGAUUGAGUCAGACAGAAUACUCGAUAAACGCUAACUUUUUUGCUGCAUUUCAACACCUGAGCAUAAUCGAGUCGUUCACAAACAAUGCGGCGCUUUUGUUUGUCACUUUGACUCUAAAGCUGUCGUGGUGCACCUCUGCUAAAUCACUGCUUUGUACCAAGGUGUUUGCCUCGAGCAUUGGCUUCAUUUACCUUAACUAAAAAUAACAGAGGGCACUCGUACUUUGUGGCGUUAUUUCUUGUGUUUCUCAUUUUCGAUACUACGUGCACACAUUUAGUCCUUUUGUAUGUACGUGUGUGUUUCUUUCACUUAUGAAAUACAAACUCGAAUGUUCAUCCAACCCCUUUUCCCUCCCCAUACCUCCCUCUCCUCCCAUAUAUAAUGUCUGUCUGCUGUGUGGGGCCCCAAGCAGCAUCUCUACCUUUCUUUCACUCCUUCCUCCUUCUUCCUCCCCUACUCCCCAAGUCCCUAGCGCCUAGCGGGCACAGUAUUCAUGUUUCCUCCUCUACCCCUUUUCCCUGGUUUCAUUUGCAUUAAGACAGUCCCACACACAUACACAAGUGUACACAGCUGUCAAAGUUGCAUAUUGCCUUGAGGACUGUAUUGGAGUUGCUGUCAAGUAUCUUCAAAUCCACCCACACACAUACACAAGUACACGCACAUAGUUGAUAGGAAUUGAGUCCAUGUGAAAGAUGCCUAUCUUUCCUUGGGGCUGAAUCUGGAAACCAUCCACCAGUGUGGGUCUGUGCUGCCCCUCUCACUCACUACAUGGCUGUUGGUGAUAAAUUAGCUGGUUUGGUUCGUUGCUGGCUGAGAUGGUUUUAAUGAAGCCAGAUUCCUUUGUGUUUGCUCAGUGGCUGAGGGCAGCAGGGGUAAUUGAGUAUAAAGGGUUUUUCCCCCCUUGUUUCCCAACAAACCUUGGGACACAGUAUGGGGUCGGCAAGCUGAGGGGGACGGACAUUAUUCUGGACACUGUGAAAAGCCGGCGUGCUGAUGGACUCAUAGGGUCACAAUAUAACUAAACUGCAAGUUGUCCCAGAUAACUGGGUUUAAUUUGGUCGGGGAUGUAGUCUUUAUCACUCUGUGUUUCAGAGAUUUGAAAUCAUGGUUGUUCAAUUCUCUUAAAUCAUGGACUGUCUUUUAGCUGUGUUCCAAGUACAGAGAUAUAAUGGGAUCUUGAGAUAACUAACAAAUUUUACUAGUUUUUGAAGUUUUCUUGCAGUUACUGGCAUUAUAUAAUUUUUUCCUCAGUUAAAAUCUAUUCAGACUAAAUUAGAUGAAUUCAGACUCCACUGAAUGAUUUGUUAAUGGGUUCCAAACACAUACAUAGACUUUUAACUGUUAGAAAAUCAGUUCUAGAAGAAAAUUUUGUAACUAUCUGUGUGUGCAUAUGUUAAAUUGAUUAUUAUUAACUUAAAAGACUUGAAUGAAUAUUCAUCUCCAACAUACUCCUGAUGAACCAUUUUGUAGCUUGAGGGAUUUGUAGUGAUUGUAAUCAUAAUAGUUUUAAAAGAAGAACUGGUCCUCAUCCAUGCAAGAAUGUUUAAUAACAAGCUAAGGUACACAUGAGGAGCAAAAGCAACAGAAUCUUUUGGCUCCAUAUCCAUUAAACACCUACGGCAUCUAAUUAAAUACUAUACACUUUUUGUUGCUGACUUUCUAGUUGCUUUUGUGUAUCAUAAAAGGUCAUUAAUAUAAAUUGAACUCUUUAAGUCAUGGGAGCUUUAAAUGUUGAAAAAACAAUACUUCGUAACAACAGUGGACGAGAUUUCUAGAAUGCAACAGCUGAAAUUAAGCAUUUCAGACACUGCAUUGGUGUUGGCUGUUGGCAUACUUUGCUUAAAGAUGUUGGAUCAGAGAAUAACAUCUCAUUUUUUAGUUGUGCUGCUUGUUCAGUAUACCGCAGUCUCACUCUUAAUCCCUGUUGAUCAACCAUAGCUGCUCACCUGUCUCUCCCUGUCAUUCGCUCGCAGCACCCUCUGCUUUAAAACAUGUAAAUUAUUGAUUAUAAGCAUCGGUGCUUUACAAUGCCAUCCAACAUAAAAACGGCUAUUGUCUGAUUGCAAAUGAUGCUGUAUUGAAAAGUACUUAGUUUUGAGAAACCUUUCUAUAUUUAUCAUUGAGAGGAUCAAUAGAUUUUCAACAAACUGAUGCCACUCUAAAUGGUUGCUGGCUGCAAACUGAUGCUGCUUGGUUUUGGCUGAAUCAACCAUAUUUUCAGUGCUCUGAAGAUGAAAACAACGCUACACCAAAAACAGUCUCUCUUAUUCAUUUUAUUCAUGGCAGUAUUUGUUUUGCUACCAACAACAGUAUAAGUACAGACCCCCAAUCCUGCCUUUAAACAUGGCAUUGGGUAUCAAUGCGUGCACCAUGCACUGAUCUGAUACUCUUGCUUAUCAAAGAGAGUAACAGUCAAAGCUGGGAAAAUGUCAGAUAUUGUUUUACCACCGUUAAUGUUGUUAUUAUGACAGUCUUUCCUUACAUCUUUCGAUGCACAUGUAAGAGGAGUGUCUGUUUGCUGAAAGAUGUGUAAAGUGUCCACCUUUAGUGCCCUGUUAUGAGUGAACAGAUAUGAUAAGAUGUUCAGAUAAAUGACAUGGACAAACUAUCUUGUUUUGUUUGCUCGCUUUAGCAGUUUUCCUGCAGUUCCAGAGAGGCGUGUGAUCUCAGAGUUUUACUCUCCACAAGUCUGUACUUGUUGGAAGUACCUUUAACAGUGAUUACAGCUUUAACUCUGUGAGAUACCCCAAUUUUUUAAUGGGCUGAACAUGAAAACUCAGAGCUUUCAUCUUCACCUCCAUGAGUCAGUCCUUCCCAACAGGCACACUCAGAGGUAAUUACAGCUUAUGGAGUCUUUGAUUCGUCAAAAACAACAUAGCACAUUCAGGACUCAAGUAUUUCUUCUGUUGAUUUGCUUAGAUUGGAAACAUCUGCACAUUCAUCUUCAUUUUUCAGAGACUUCAGCCUGCAAUGAGCUCAGUUCCUUUGACACAAGACACACUCAAAAUAGAGCUGCUGUAAUAGAUUAGUUUAGUAAUCUAGAAUUCUAUGGGUUAUUCUGGCGAUCACUUGAGUGGUCUAAUGAGAUGUAAAAAUAAAGUAAGCAUCUACACCACACUUACGGAGCACUCUGCUUCUUGUGCUGGCUGUACAGUAAGAAAUAAACGUGGGAACAACACUGAAAAAGGAUGUUAGUUAAGAUUUCUGUGUAUCAUUGAUGGUUCACAUUGGUUGCUGGGCAUGUAUUCAUAUAUUCAAGGCAUAUGUCCUCUUGUUUUACAAUCAGACAAACACAUUUUGCUAUAUUGCUGUCUGAAUUUAAACAAACAUAGAGGCUUUUCUGUCAUUGAGGAAUCACAAAAGGAUGCUGUUCCUUCCUUUAUACUUCCUGAAAGAGUGGAGUAUGAUGCAUAGUUGAAUACUUGCUACUGAUAUUAGUGGCUUUCUUUGUUUGUUUUUGUGUAAAGGUCAGAUUCAAAUUUCUGCUGUCAUUGCCCACAGUAGCAUAGUUCGUAGUGACUCACACACAGGUGGGCUUAUUUGCUUGAUUUUGUUAUGUGGGUUAAUAGUUUCCAUGUCUUUUUUCUUAGGAACUAACAGCAGUUUUCAUUUUAUUAAUAUGUUUUUUUAUAGGAGUGCAACCAGCCACUCUUUUAUCAGUUGAUGUGGUGGUAAUUUUAUCCAACAAGUUGUUCAGUAUGAUCUACUUACCCCAAAGGACACACCCAUAUAAAAUUUUAUGAGCCUAAUGUUGUGGAGAUGGAAAUAAUUAUCUCAUUUAAGUAACAAAGAUUAUCAGCUGUUUUUUUGUGUGGGUAACUGUAUUUUUGAGUUCUAAUUCUUACUGACGCAGCUGAGACACCAAACAGCAUUUUGAAAAGUAACCACCUGAAUUCCCUUUGACGGUAGUACGGAUUUUGUUUGAUGAGAGGGUGUAUUCGCUUGUAAAAAAAGACUAACCUUAUUGUUUCUUGUACUUGAAAAAGGGGAAAAUCCCAGCUCACUGUCAGUCUAGCAGAUUCAAUAAACAUGCAGCUCUUCCAAACAUCUGAUGCGACCUCUGCUACAGGAUGUUUAUAAAAUACCUGUGGGUUUAGCUUUGUGCCUUGAGGUACACCUCGACUCUUAGACCUCUCAAAUAUCAAUGACAUCAGUCCUUCGUCUUUUACAGCAGGAUACCAGAGUUUUCUUUUGUCAGCUUGAUAAUGAUGGAUCUUUUCCUUGUCCUGUGAGAAACACUAGUCUAGUCAGGCUCAUGAAUGUCAAAGGGUAAACAGUGUAAUUGGUGCCUGAAAGCUUUCAGGAAAUUUCCCUCCACAGCACUUCAAAGAGAGUGAGGGAGAGAGAGAGGGAGAGCUCAGCUUCCAAACACUUUGUGGUGUUUAGACAGGAUUUUGCCAUCGCUUUAUUGCAGUAAUUCAAUUUGAUGCCUGCUUUAAUCUCUCCCACUUUGUGUUUUUCUCCCCAGCUCCCAGUCCCACCACAGCGAUCCACUACCUAGCCACCAAGUGUGUGGACACGGUUAAACACCGACAGGAAACAAAAUGGUUUAUGCCCUGGGGUCCCAACCAAUGCGACAAGAUCCGGACCUUUGACGAAGCCAUGGCCAAGAAGAUUGAGGCCAACAACAUUGUGUUUGCGGUCCACAUUCCCAUGAAUAACAAAGAGAUGAGUCCCUGGUUCCAGUUCAUGCUGGUCAUCCUGCAGUUUGACAUCGCUUUUAAGAUGUACAACCAGAUAGGUGAGAACAGAAACUUUCGUAUUGGGUUGAAAAUAAAAAAAGGAUGAUGAUGGCAUAAAAUGGGGAAGAAAUCUGGGACAUGGGUUUUAAGUUAAGCAAAUUCUUGUUCUCCAUGUACUACAUUUUUUUUCUGUUUGAGGUUUUAUUUUUUCCAGUUGUGACCAUAAUUUUUCCACCUCCUUUUAUUUCUUCUCUAUCUAAAAACAAAUAUUAGUUGUGGCUAAGUCAGACUUAGAUAGCCACUGAAAUAUUCACAUCCUUUGUCACCUCCAGUCACUCACACCAUAAAUGAAAAGACUGGGAAAUUUCCAAAUCAACCAUUUCACUCUGAUUGUUUUGUCUCUUAUGUUGCCUUCUCUGUCAGAGGACACUAACAGUGUUGUUCUGUGUUUUCAUUUCAGUCCAUCAGGUAGAAAUCUCGAGGAAUCAAAUGUCUCUUUUUCACUAGAUUGGAUUCGUGUUUCAAUAAAAGGCAGCAAACAAUGAUGGAUGUCCUGCUGUUUGCUCUCUAAAGAGGCUUAGACCCCUGGGCUGUUGUGUAGACGGGUUUGUUAGAUGCCCCCGUGGCAGGUAUAAAAGAGGGGAGAGGUAAUUCAGACCAUUUCUUUGUUGAUGCUUCUUAGCAAUGGAAUGUAACCAAAUGCUUUACAUACUUUGGAAAUGAGAUCAUCGGAUUUUAGGGGAAUCAGACCUUUUUUGUGUAACUCUUUUGAACAAACAAAUUAAUAUUAAUUUCAGUGUGUUCUCAUUGAAACAAUUAAGAUGUUCCUUGCAUUGAAAAAAAUCUUAAAACUAUGAUGUAAAAGAGUCAGACUGAUUGCUCACAUGGAUGUUAAAAUCCCCUCAAAUCAAAACACAUGCUCUGAGUCUGAAGCUGACCAGCAUGUCGGCUGUGCAGAGUGUUGUAUGCUUCUGAAGGACAGGGACAAAGGAGAUGUGGCAGUAAACACAGCAACAGGAACAGCAAUGACAGCAAGUCUUUAAGACAAGACUGUACGCUGUCUGGUCCUCAACGAUACACAUCUGUACCAUAUAACACUGCAGCAACAAACAUGCUUGUCAGAAUAGCUAGUGAUGAGAAAAACUUUAUUUUAGACGUGGUUGCGGAAACAGAGCUUGGGUGUAACAGUUCCAGACUGUUUUCAUUUAGUUUAGCAGGAAGAAAACGUUGGAAAAACUGAGCGAGGUUGUGGUGUGAAUAGUUUGUCCUAUACAUGGGUCAUCGGUUGCCUGAGCUGGCUCAUUAAUUUGUCUCUCCUUGGGCCAUUGAGACCCAAAAUGAACAUAACUGUAACCUUCACGAGAUUUGUCAUGUCUCUUGUUUACAUUUCAUGAAUCCUAUAGUUGUAUAAGACCUGAGCUCUGGUGUGCCCUCUAGAGGUGUCCUACAGAAAGAUGUGUAGUACAUAGUCAAGUACCUACUCAGGUUUGCUCAUUAUGCAGCCAGUUGAGUGUGUAAAAUCAAGGUUAAACAGCAACUUAUUGGAGUUUAAAGCUUUUUGAAAGUAAAAACUUGGAUUUUGUCGCACAGAUAUAUUUUGUCUUACCUUUUAAAGCAGGAUUAUGUUACAGACUUGGCCUUGUUUUUUGUCUUUAGGCUCUGCUAUGAAUCUAUUCUCUGUUAUUAUGAAGGGAGACCCCACCAGUGACUUAUACUAUAACACAUUUAGCACCACCACUAUCUGCUUAUAGAAGACUGGGUUUGGUAGCCUGGCAGGGUGCUCAGGAUCCUGAAAGCAGGGAUUAAAGAGGAUGAUGGGAGAGUCUAAUAAGUAACAGGGAUACCAGGAGUGCCCAGGCAAGAGAUUUUGAUUCUUAAUCACAUCUUUCACUUCACUACUUAACAUGUAAAGCUAUGCAUAUUCCUGUCAACUUUAGCUCUCUGAAAGUGCUCUUAAAACCUUGUCUGUGGAGCAGAAUUCCUCCAAGUGUUGAGAAAGAUCUACUUUGGACCAAUUUUUGAGGAACAGAAACAUGCUGGUGGCAAUUUUCAGAGCAGAGAUUUGUGGUUUGAUCUUGAAUGACCUGACCUCUCUGGCCUGGCUUUUCUAAACAGUCAUGACACAGUGCUAGCAUACUCAUCACCAUCAUUUGCUUGCUCACAUUCUUGGCUGCUUUAGCAGGAAAUAUUUGGGGGUUGCGUUUUGUUUAUGGCUUGGCCACCAGACAGAGAAAUCAGUGAAUCAGCCUCUGACCACAGACUGGUGGAUCACUCUGCCAGAUGCUACAGAUCUUUUCGAGCUCCAUAAGGUGUUGUAAGAACAAGUUAAUGUUAAAGAGCGCUGACUUUCAAAGAUGCUUGUUAUUGUAGUAACCAGUUAGUGCUGCAGUAGUAGGGGCUGAGCACACUGUUGUGAAAAAUUCAUGUUCUUUUUCUUUCUUUUUUAACACAAAGAGACUCAGCCGUACAUAGUCAUUUCUUAGCUGCGAUCGACUAAGUACAGUACAGGAUUCAUCUUUUUUAUCAUUUAUGAUGUGUGUGUUUUGGGGGCCUUGAAUUUUUCUAUCUGGAAAAAAAAACACCUAUUAACUUAAAAUUUCAAUAAAAAACUUUCAUGAAGGCCGUACUUCAAACAUAUUUGGAUGGAUCAAAUACCAGUUUCAGUCAUUAGAAAAUUCUAAUGAACUCAAACUCUAAAAGUUGUGGAGCCAGAGCUUCUAUAAAGAACGUAAAUGAGUCUAUUUGUCUGUCUCAAUCCUGACCACAAACCUCUGUGCCAAAGGUGGGUGGUUUCUGUUGUGCAACCGUCCGACAAUAAUCUCAGGACCAUUUUUUCCUUGACUACCUUAUCUGUGUAACAAUGUGCGUCCCAGAGAAGAGCUUCGCCCUUAUUAUCCACUCCACCCACCUGCCCCUCUCCAUGCCGGCACCAGGCACCCCUUGACUGGCCCGGGUCCAGCAAUAACACAGCUGUGGAGAAGGCUUAGUCACCGUGGCGAUGGCUGUUGGACUAGAGAGGAAUGUUUGCAUGAAGUGAGCCGACAUUUGAGGCCGUCUGUCUCGACCAAUGGCAGAGUGGAGGACACUGCAGAGACAGUCGGCUGCCAGUUCUCAUCUGGUUCACUCUCCCCCUCCUCUGCUUUUUUCCCCUUUCUCGCAGCACAGGCCACUGGGUUUCUUUCUCUUCAUUCCAGCUUGUUUCAUAACGGUACAAGAGGCACUCUGGAGGGCUGGAGGAGAGAACACUUGGCUUUGUAAUGUGAUCUAAAGAUGCGGUUUUAAUAGCUUGGCAUUGGUAGUUUUUGUUGGAAUCACAGGGGCUGGGCUGUUGGAGGCCAGCUCAAGGUCUUAUUGGACUUUAUGUCAAGUAGGAAGAAACCUUCAUCUUGGUCACCAUGAUUAUUCUUACAGUUUGAGACUCAGCUCAAGAGACGGGACCAAGUAUUAACACUCAGAUGUUUUGGCUUUGUCUAUUUUGAAAUAUAUCAGCCAAAUUCCAGUGAAAUAAUUUGUCAAUGAGCAAAAAAUCACCAUACCUGUUAAGUGAUUCAAAAGAAUAGAUUUUAAAUACUUCCGCUUCACUAUGUGAUGCAUUUUAUGAACAUAAAUUGCAUGUUUGUUUUUAGAUUGUGUUUAGUAAUGUCUCCAUACUAGAUAGUUGUAGCAGUGCCAUCACUUUGCUGGGCCUCCGAUCAAAAGGCCACUGCAGUGCUACUGUCUGUCAUCAGGACUUAAUUUUAUCCUCUCACUAGAAUAACAGCCAACAGAUGUGCGCAGUGUGGAGGUAUAACUGACACAAAAGUUCUUACCGACUCUUUUUUUUCUUCUUAUCAGUACAAGUUGUUUCAUUUUGUUGCCAUGAAUUCAACCCACUGUCAGUACGGUGUUAUUCUGUGGACAUUAUACGCAUAAAAGCCUUUAUAACGACCCUACACAUAAUGUUCUUGAGUUUAAGAUGUUCAGUGACAAACUUGCACAUGCAAACUAUUUGACCAAAAACUCAUGUUUUAAGUAUUUGUAGAAGUGUAAAAAGAUUGUAUCUGAUCUCUUGAUUCUUUCUAGAGGAUGGAGCACUGGUCACUAUUGAUGUGGGCCUGGCCUACAGAGACGAUACACUCGGCGAGUGGACAGAGAUGGCACACUCAAUUGAAAAGAGGAAACUCAACUGCAAUUUCACCACUGCCAAGGUGCAUAUACAACACCCAAACGCAUGUUAUUCUUCAAAUAAGAAUCUAUUUUUCCUUUUAACAUUGCAAAUUUUAAUCUCAAGUUCUUCUAUCUAAAUUUUGUAACAUUAGUAAGCCUCUUUACAUGUCAGAUAAUUCAAGCUUGAACUUUAAAUACCUUUUAAUUUUUUUGAUACCACCAGUGUUAGCUGAUGAGCUCUGUAUGUGUCAGUGAUAGUUGUCUAUAUCUCAAUUUAGACACUGUUGUGUAGCCAAAUGUGCUUUAAACCAGGUCUGACAUGUUUCUGUUUCUCUUCCCAGACCUUUGAGAACGAGGGGCGCUACUAUGAGUGUGAUCUGCUGCCAUUCAUGGAAGUCGGCAGUGUGGCCCACAAAUACUACCUCCUAAACAUUCGCCUGCCUGUCAAUGAGCGGAAGAAGAUUAAUGUGGGGAUCGGAGAAAUCAAAGACAUUCGUCUGGUUGUAAGUUUGCAAAUAAGUGGAAACUAUGUAUGCGAAAUAGUCUCGCUUCACACCGAUGCCUCUUCAUGACUUUCACAAUAAAAUAAGAUUAGUUUUGUCCUUUUAAAGGGAUUUAAGUACUUUUUUUCGGGGGAUUUCUUCACAAAAAAUCCCAGUUGAUAUUCCUCAGUCAAACUCAAGUGGCUGUGUUUGGAAUUCUGCUGAUAUAGUUUACCAGUGGCAAGUAAAUUAUCAAGCAGGACGAGGUUUUAGUGAGUUUUUAUUUUACAGAAUGUUUUUGCACUUGCAGCUGAUUUUGGAGCAGGAUUCGUAGAAAGACGGGUUUUCUGAUCAAAUAUUGUUUUAGAAAGAGAAAAUCUACAACCUUUGCUAGCUGAAAGAGUAGCUUAGCUGUGAACAGGAUUAAAUGUUCACUGCUAUUUGAGCAGUGUGUAUGGCUGUCACCACCUGUCAGCAUACUAACCGUAACAACCAGAGUUCACAAAGUUUUGUCAUUGACGUGUUACAAUUAAUAAUGUUACAUAGUCCUACUCAGUUCAUUACCUCAUCACCCUGCAUCCUGCAACAAGUUGUCUCAAGCAAAAGAAAAUAAAAGGCUCUGCACUGCAUUCAUUUGCUUCCAUGACAAGUUUACACUCAUAGACUGUAUAUACUAUGGACAUUUUGGCUCCACCCUCUGUCAUUAUUUUAAGAGUCAGUCAUAAAAACAUGAACCCCCUAAUAACUUAAAAAAUGGAGCUGUACAGAAAAAAGAGGACUUGAGCACAAACCAGUCUGUAACUACAUGUCAACAAUGCAAGCAGGGGGAAAAAAAAAAGUAUAGUCUCUCAGAUAAAUUUCAAAAGUUUGUCCACAACUCCAUAAGGUUUGCUGGAGGAGGCGGGAUUUCUGACCUAUACUGCAGCCCGUCACCAGAGGGUGCUGUUCUUGGAGUGGCUCCACCCACCGAGGAGGCAGACGAUGCCCAUUCUAUUAACACUCUGUGUGUACACUUUAACAACGGCCACAUCUUUACAAAAGGGUGAUGGUUCUCCCAGGAAAUGCAGUUUUUUCAUACACGAAAGUCUCUCAUAGUACCUUUUUAAGCAAAGUUGCUGUCUUUGUUGCUGAUAAAAAACACACGCAUAGAAAUACUUGACUCCUGGGAUGUUCUUUUUUUUACUCAUAGGGCAUCCAUCAGAACGGGGGCUUCACCAAAGUGUGGUUCGCCAUGAAGACCUUCCUCACACCCAGCAUCCUCAUCAUCAUGAUCUGGUAUUGGAGACGGAUCACCCUCAUGAGCAGACCUCCUGUGCUGCUGGAGAAGUAAGGGAGCUUAUUCAUAAUUCACCAUGUCUCAGGAAUGAUAUCUGUGUUGUAAAAUCCUUUUUUUAAGACUUCUAUUUUGGAACAUCAUAAUUUUUACUGAAAGUCAUCUCAGGAUAAGUAACAUCUGUAUGUAGAGCUUAGUCUCUCACUCAUGCUCUGUGUUAGUUGUAGGGAGUGGCACAGUUAUGGUGUUCGUGUGUCUCCGGGGUUUAAGUAGGCAUUAACUAUUAAUUCACUAACAAAUCAGGCAUGUCAUAUGUAGAGUAGGUCACUUGAAUUAGACAGGAAUGCUCAUCCAGCAGGAAUUUUCAAACCAGAACUGUCAGCAGGUCUCACUCAGCUUUAUUAAUGCAUGUCAAACUGCCAGGAAGGAAGUUUAAUCAGACUAAUCUGUGAAAAUGCCGAAAAAGGGUCUACUGGAUUCAGAUUUCAAAACAAAUUAAGACCACUAUGUUGCUCGAGUUUCCUCUGAAAAUAUCUUCAAAACAUCUGCUAUUUGUGUUCAUUCCUUAACCUCAUAAAAGUUAGAGCAACAAAUAUGUGUAGUUGUGCCUGAAGCAGAUAGAUUGAAAGCCAUGCUUUGAAAAACUGAAGCCGUGCUCGGAGCCCAGUGUUUGUCUAACCCCCCGCCGAGCUGGGAAGACAGAUCAGUAAGAGGCAGCGUUCUGCGCCACAGGAAGUGCCUGGCCAAGCGUGAAACACGUUACAAAAUCUGCAAGCUAGCACUCAAGCGACACAUGCUGCAGACACACAUCGAGUCCGUGCACAACCACACACACGCGGUCUCUCUCCUUCUCUCUGUAUUUUCCGGCUCAAGGCUCUUAUUCCCAAAUGACCAGCAGAGUUUCAGGAAGUGCAACUCGUUCCCUAUUUGAGGACAGCAGAUGAUUUUUUCAUGCUGUAAAAGCUUUACCAGCGUCUUCUGUCGUGCUAGUCCACAGAGGUGUCAGGACGGGAAGACUCAGACUUCUCUAAACUUAGAGGACGGCUCUUAAGUGUGAAAAAUGGCCCAGAUAAACUCUUGUGUGUUACACUAAAACAUCCAUUGUCAUGUAACAUUAAUGAUGGCCUUAUUUUAAGAAAUGUGUGUGAGCUAGCUUGCAGAACAGCAGAUAGAGGAAGAGCCUUACCCAGAUGGAAUGCGGACUUGAUCGACGUUGUUAGUAACACCUUUGCUUUUCCUGCUAUCACAUGUCAAAAUGUCUGGAGUAAAAUGCUUUACUUUGGACCUUUGACGUGUGAACUCGCAGAUUUUCACACUAAUGUCUUCACAUCCACGUUGAUUCCAACCACAACUCUUUGUGCUCAGGACACAUUCCCUGCAUACCAGCCAAAUGUGCUCUCACUCUGUACCCUCCCUAGAACAUUGCUGAUGAACUGUCUGGGGUGGAUUUGCAAAUAAGCCGUGUAAUGUUCCUUCUAUUAUCCACAAAAUACUUUUGCACCCACAUUUUCAGGUCACCUUGAUCCGCUUCCCCCCUUUUUUCCCCCACUCCCUUUCUCUUGACACACUUCUCUCUGUUUUGCCCUCUUAACUGUCUAUUUGUGAUCCGCCUUUCAUCUACUGGCUGCAUGCAGGGACAUGCUGCAGGCCUGGAGGACCAUCUCUAUCCUGUCUUUCUGUAGACUGAUUUCUCUCUAGAUGUCGAGGUCUCAAGGUUGAGGAAGCUCUGAUGUAACAAUGAGACAUUUUGAGGUUGGAGUAUAUUAUGCGGAAUCAGAUGGGUCAAUGGGGACACACGCCGUGCUUGUAACUGAAUCAGUAAUUUGAUAAUGUUUCAAGAUAAAUGAGCCUCGUUCAGCAGACACCCCUUUCUGAAACAUGGAUUUUGUCUUUUAUUAAAGCUUAAGAGCAGAUUUAGGUGAAAAGUCAAACCUCUUUACUUUGAUCUUUCAUCACUUGUUAAAUCUACACUUUAAUAUUUCAAAAAGCAUAAAGAUACUUUUGUUUUUUUAGUUUAUUUUCAAACUAAAGUAUGCAUGUGUAAUUGAUAUAUGAUGUUAUAUUUUUAUGAAGAAUUAUGCUCAGCUUAGAUAGGACAGGGCAGUAUGGCAAAAAUAUGUAAACCAGAGGAUUUCAUCUGCAUAAAUCAAUACUUAGACUUAUCUCAAUACACAGCACAAUUUAAUAACGUUGCCACUUAAUGGAGCAUCCUUAUAAAAAAUUUUAUUCUUUACCGCACAUUUUGAAGGUGUUUAUUCCUUCUUUAUGUUAAAUUAUUUAAAGUGGGUAAAAAUACUGAAUAAAAUACUGUAAAACCUCAAAUAUAGAAUGGGUCCUGUAUACGCUUUUACUGCAGAGAGUACCUGUACCCCUUUUACUAUAGGCAGACCUGUGCAUUAAAUUUGCUCUGAUUGAGAAUUAAGGUUGUCCAGCUCAUCAUAGGUGUGGGUAGAAUUUACUGUCGUCAGUACGAGAGCUCACGGAGGGCAGCUCUGAGCAACAGAGAGAGGAUGUAAUUAUCGGUAAUCUCAGUCACAAGUAACUGUGGCACACUGCACAAAGAGAGCCUUUGAUGUAGGUCACUUCAAAUUUGACAUUGUUAUAGGUGAUUACUGAAAUCUGUUCAUCAGGUAAUUUUGUCUUAUGGGGGCUGCCAAGUAAGCGGUUAACAAAAGUUCAGCCUCAUGUCAGAGCAAACAGUCCCUCCACUUCUGAUCUCCAGAAACUAGGUGGUUUAAGUUUAAAGUCCAUGUUUUUCUCAUACUGGAUGUUCACGGGGCUGCUAGCUGAGUUCCCUCCAUCAUUUAUUAUUGACAUCAUUUUAAAAAAAUUCUCAGUUUUUUUUCUCAACCAUGAAAGAUACUUGGAACAAUCUCUCACCGUCACCCUUGCAUCUCUUUGAUUCACAAUUUUUUUCUUUUAGAAUUUUAUCCACAGCGGUGCAGAAGGUGCUUCACAGUGGAAAGUGUGUUUGUACUCUGGCAUGUAUUUUGUUUGCAAGCAAAAAAACAACUGCUAAAGUUUUUCAUCCCUGUUAAUAAAAUACUUUUGAUCCCCCCACAAAGAGUCCUUCAGCCCUGCUAGCUGUUGAGAAAUUGUAGUUUGAAGAUGUUUUUCUUCUUCCUCUUUUAGGGUAAUCCUUGCUCUGGGAAUCUCCAUGACAUUUAUCAACAUCCCGGUGGAGUGGUUCUCUGUUGGCUUCAACUGGACUUGGAUGCUGCUUUUCGGAGACAUCAGGCAGGGCAUCUUUUACUCCAUGCUGCUCUCCUUCUGGAUCAUCUUCUGCGGGGAGCACCUCAUGGUACUGUACUCAGCACCUUACAGCUUUGCCUUUUGACCUUUUCUGACCUCUUCUGCUGGCAAAUUUUAGGAAUUGUCCUGGAACUUUGUCCAUGUUUUAAAGAGGCUAUAGAAAGAGCUUCUUUUUCCCUACAGUAUGAUAUCUCCACAAUCUUUCUCAAUCAAGGUCAUGAUAGUCUUGAUUGUACAAUAUGUGGCACAGCACACCCCUUAUACACUCACCGGCCACUUUAUUAGGUACACCAUGCUAGUAACGGGUUGGACCCCCUUUUGCCUUCAGAACUGCCUCAAUUCUUCGUGGCAUAGAUUCAACAAGGUGCUGGAAGCAUUCCUCAGAGAGCUUGGUCCAUAUUGACAUGAUGGCAUCACACAGUUGCCGCAGAUUUGUCGGCUGCACAUCCAUGAUGCGAAUCUCCCGUUCCACCACAUCCCAAAGAUGCUCUAUUGGAUUGAGAUCUGGUGACUGUGGAGGCCAUUUGAGUACAGUGAACUCAUUGUCAUGUUCAAGAAACCAGUCUGAGAUGAUUCCAGCUUUAUGACAUGGCGCAUUAUCCUGCUGAAAGUAGCCAUCAGAAGUUGGGGACAUUGUGGUCAUAAAGGGAUGGACAUGGUCAGCAACAAUACUCCGGUAGGCUGUGGCGUUGCAACGAUGAUCAAUUGGUACCAAGGGGCCCAAAGAGUGCCAAGAAAAUAUUCCCCACACCAUGACACCACCACCACCAGCCUGAACUGUUGAUACAAGGCAGGAUGGAUCCAUGCUUUCAUGUUGUUGACGCCAAAUUCUGACCCUACCAUCCGAAUGUCGCAGCAGAAAUCGAGACUCAUCAGACCAGGCAACGUUUUUCCAAUCUUCUAUUGUCCAAUUUCGAUGAGCUUGUGCAAAUUGUAGCCUCAGUUUCCUGUUCUUAGCUGAAAGGAGUGGCACCCGGCGUGGUCUUCUGCUGCUGUAGCUCAUCUGCCUCAAGGUUUGACGUACUGUGCGUUCAGAGAUGCUCUUCUGCCUACCUUGGUUGUAACGGGUGGUUAUUUGAGUCACUGUUGCCUUUCUAUCAGCUCAAACCAGUCUGGCCAUUCUCCUCUGACCUCUGGCAUCAACAAGGCAUUUCCGCCCACAGAACUGCCGCUCACUGGAUAUUUUUUCUUUUUCGGACCAUUCUCUGUAAACCCUAGAGAUGGUUGUGCGUGAAAAUCCCAGUAGAUCAGCAGUUUCUGAAAUACUCAGACCAGCCCUUCUGGCACCAACAACCAUGCCACGUUCAAAGUCACUCAAAUCACCUUUCUUCCCCAUACUGAUGCUCGGUUUGAACUGCAGGAGAUUGUCUUGACCAUGUCUACAUGCCUAAAUGCACUAAGUUGCCGCCAUGUGAUUGGCUGAUUAGAAAUUAAGUGUUAACGAGCAGUUGGACAGGUGUACCUAAUAAAGUGGCCGGUGAGUGUAUAAGACUGUUCAUCCUCUUUUUCAGGACCAGACUGAGAGGAACCGUUUCUCAGUCUACUGGAAGCAGGUUGGACCCAUUGUGUUUGGAUCCUUCUGCCUCUUUAUCUUUGACAUGUGUGAGAGGUGAGGCCAAGUCUAAUAUUAUGUUGACCACUCUGAACCUUUGGAGAGACCUGUUUAUAAACUGAAAUGGUAGAAAAACACCAUGCACUUUAUCAUACUGUUGUAUACUUAUUUUUUGUUUGUUUCAUGCGAAAAUGUUCAUUUUUUCUAACUCAAUGUCGGGAAACAUUCACAACUGAUAACAUAAAUGUUUUUUUCUUUGUCACCAGAGGGGUCCAGCUGACAAAUCCUUUCUACAGCAUCUGGGCGUCUGAUGUGGGAACUGAGCUGGCUGUAUCCUUUUUCCUCAUUUCCCCCGAGAAUAUCAGAUUGAGAGUCUUCCAUUAUCUUUGCAAACAGCUCAUCUGACAUGCUUGAUGCAGUAAAAUCCUUUAGAGGGUGUAAAUGGCCGAAAUAGGUUUCCCCAUUGAACAGCCAGUAAAGACUUUUAUAGUCUGCUCUUACUGUUGGUGCAAAUUGUCUUUUAGAAAUACUGUUUUUGACCGCAAAAAAGUACUUUUCUAGGUGCCAUUACUUGGGGUUUGCUUCAGGCAGUAAUUUUGUAAGAUGUGCCCGAGCUGGAGAAAUAAUUUAGUAGUGCCAUAUGUGAAAGCGUUGCUCAGGGUCUCAAGAUGAUGUGAUUACGUGUGCAAGAUUCAUCAGCACACCUUUUCAAAAGCAUCACUACCAAACACGAAGGUUCAUAUGGAAUGAAAUCUUCUGCUCCUUCCUGUCUCCUCUUCUCUCACUCCUGUCCAAAAGUAAGUCUUCAAAGUGCAGCUGUUUGAUGGAGACAUUUGGUUCAGUCUGUCACUAACCAGGAUCAUCAAAUCUUUAAAGGCCCACUGCUCACGUCCCUGACUUGCUCCCCACAGCAGAAAGCUCUGUAAAGGUUUUUUUGAGGGGUGUCUUAAAAUCUACAUUUCCACAAACAAUUUUGAUCCAUUUUUUUGCGUUGCUUAUAAAAUGUGUAAAAUCAAACCAUAGAAGCCAACAGUUUGUAGGUGCACACUUUUAAAAUAUCUAUUUGGUAGUCUUCUGCAGUGUAUAUAGUAUAUUGAAAUCACCAUCUAGUACCCCAACCUACAUACCUUUCAUUCUGGCUUUUGAAAGAAGUGUCUACUUGUGGAAAGCAUUUUGUGUAGCUGUAACAUCUUUCACACAAAUAGCCCUUUCUUCAUGUUGACUCUUUUUAAGGACAAUCAUCAGUUACUUCCUUGACUGAUUUGACCUCAGAUGGCCUUCAUCAUAGUUGCAGGGAUUUGCGCCUGCCUUUAUUUCCUCUUUCUCUGCUUCAUGGUGUUUCAAGUCUUCCGCAACAUUAGUGGCAAGAGGACGUCCCUGCCUGCCAUGUCUAAGGCCAGACGCCUGCACUACGAGGUGUGUGGUGUAAUCCUAGGGUUCAGUGUUUUUGCUCUGGGAGGUUCUUUAGAACCAGACAGACAGACAUCUGUUUGUCUCCCUUCCAGAUUCUUAGGAUGUUGAGUUAGUACUGUGUUUGGGAUAUUAAGCUGAGAAGUCCUUUUUUUGUUCAUUUUCCUGGUUGAGAUUUUAGUGUUUAGUUCAUCUUUAUUGUGUUUAUUUGGUUCUCUAACUUCUUUGGGUUUUUGGUUCUUACAUUGUCUUGAUUCUUAUGUAUAUUUUGUUUGUGUGUCAAAGCAUUCAGUUAUGCCAUGUUUUUAGAGGUACUGUAAAAAUAGAUAAAUGAUAAUAAUAAUAAUAAUAAUAAUUAUUAUUAUUGAUCGUGUACAGGAUUUUUCUGCUAUUGUGUUCUUUUUAUUAAUGAUUUGGUGCUAAUACAUGCUCUUUUCCACUCAACAGGGUCUUAUUUUCAGGUUUAAGUUUCUCAUGCUGGUCACCCUGACCUGUGCUGCCAUGACUGUAAUCUUCUUCAUCAUCAGUCAGGUAAGGCCACUCUGAUGUAAAGUUUGUUAUAAUUCUUUUUACAUUUUAGAUCCAUAUGAUAUGGCAACAUAUGAUCCAUUCUGUUGCCAUGUACAGGAAAAAAGCAAAAUGUUUUGGCUUCACUUUUAAGAAACUAAUGUGUCGUUUAUCUUUUCACAGUGCCAUUAGUGUUAAGUGGAGUAGUUUAGCUAAGUGUAUCAUAGUGGCUAUAAAACUUACUGUUCUUGUUUUGGUCUUCUCUGUGCAGGUGAAUGAAGGUCAUUGGCACUGGGGCGAGCACACGGUGCAGGUGAACAGCGCCUUCUUUACAGGCAUCUACGGCAUGUGGAACCUGUAUGUCUUUGCCAUCAUGUUCCUCUACGCACCGUCACACAAACGAUAUGGAGACGAGCAGUCAAGUGGUCAGUGCAUCACUGGUAACUAUACAAAUUUACUAGCGUUGUAAAGAAAUGAAGGAAUGAAUGUGACAUUAUUUAAUGUUUCAGUCUUUUUAUGAAAGGAGAAAAACAAAGUCAAAAAUUAGAGAAUAUGAAAUGACACAGUUUCACAUGUUUACACCGGUUCAAUUCAGACAAUCAGUGAGCACAAGAAGGAAUCAGUUGGAGUCAAUGGCUUAUUUUCUGCCUGUCCUAUGCAGUCCAUUAUAUAACCCAGAGCACAAGUUUAUUUUAUUUAUUUAAGCUUUAUUUAACCAGUAAAAUCACAUUGAGACGAGUCUCUUUUGCAAGUGCGAACUGGCCAAGGGAAGAGGCAAAUAAAAUACAAUGACAAUACAACAUGGAGAGAUUGGGAGUACAAUACCAAUUGCUCAGGCUCAGUAAGGAUGGAGAGACUAGCAAGAAAUAGAAUCAAAUAAUAGUACCAGGGAGCACUAUAUAAGUACAUAAGUAGUUCACAAAGAAAAUAAGGUGGAUGGAGGGUCAGUGGUAAAUACUUAGUCCCACCCCAAAACGGAGAACAAGAACAGGGUUUAAUACAUAGUGUUUCAUGGACCACUACUCUGACAUGCAGAUUGCCUUAAUAUAUGGAGGCAGAGGAUCUUAAAUGUUCAAAUAAGGAUUUAGAGCCAAGUUUGGUUCCUUGCCCCCUGCCAUCUUCAUCAUCCCUUGAGUAAGAGUCUGGGUUGAAGCCACUGUCUAGUCACUCUCUGCUGUAUUCCCUGUUGUCAAAAUGACUUAAGUUUUAGAGCCUAGAACAGGAGCAGCUGGAGGACAUCAGGAGGAAUAAAAUUUUUUUAUCAUACAUUAUCAAUUUACAUUUAUGAAUAAAGCUUAUGAAAUUUGACCUGGACAUAAUAAAACAUCAUAGCAGCAAGCUUAUAUAAACGCUGAGGCUAACUCUGAGACACACUUUAUAACUUAUUUUUUGCAGAUGCUGUAAGUUUUUUAAUUCUUCAGUAGUUUAUGAACAGGUUUCUUGAGUUUUGCACUUAAAUUGUGCAGUUAACAGCAUUGUCCAAAAAUGCCCCAAAUGUCAAUACAAUACAGUGAAAAGUCUGAAGCCGUGGCUCUCCCCACUGAGUUUCUCCCUCAGAGUUGGGAUUUGGUCCUUGUGAGGGAAUUGAAGUAUCUUGGGGUUUUGUUUACUAGUGAGGGUUAAAUUAAUCAUGAGAUUGACAGACGGGUUGGCGCAGUGUCAGCAGUUGUGUGGGAUCGUUGUAUUAAAGGGGGGGGGCAUGAUACCUCAAUUAUGAGCACCCCAAACUGUUACCACAAUAAUGAGCAUCCUAAACUGUUUUGCAGCUGACAUCCGGAAAAUAAUGGGAUAACAUUUAACUUUCAAAACUCCAGAAGUUGCUCUCCUUGGUCCCCCAAACAGUAGGGAAGAGGUGGUGCAACACAAUGGUUAUCACAAUUCUUUCCCAACUUUUUUAAAACAUGAUGCUGGCAUCAAAUUAAAAAAAUAGGACAUACGCCAACCAGCCACAGCAUUAUGAACACCAGCACACUCCAAGGCAAUCAGAUAUAACAGCUUUGCCACAAACUAUCCUCUAAGAAUACAGUAAAAUGUUCAGGCUGUGUGGACAUGAUCAGUAGUUUGUUAAAGAAGAAUUUUUGGUAGAACUGUUACAAUAGAUAGCCCAGGUGUUUAACAUAACACGUCUUGUGGGUGUAUUUUUCACUUUCAAUAUUUGAUUUGUUGUGUUUUUGAUUAAGUUUAGUCUUAUAAAUGAUAUGGCAAUCAUAAAAAUUCAGUUAUUACAACUACUGCAGAAUUUGGAUAGUAGAUUGUUAUUGACUUGCAUAAAGUUUUUUGUCAGCAUUCAAGAAAAAAAAUUAAAAAACUGCACGAUAUUGGCGUGCACCACCACAGCGGUCGCGGGUUCGAGUCGGACCCCAACCAUGUGCUGUAUGUCCUCCCUCCUCUCUCUCUAUCUCCCCACAUUUCAACCUAUCCUAUCAAUUAUAGACAAAAAUCGCCCGAAACAUACUUUUUAAAAAACUGCUCAAUAACAUGUAAAUAAUUACACAAACCAUUUAAACAACUGAUACUUUUAGUUUAUGCAACUUAAUUCAAAGUGUUAAAAACAAAUCCUCUUGGCUACAUUGAAUAACCAGGUGAAAUUUCUUUGGGUCUCUUACUUUUCUCUCAUGGUGUUUGAGUGUCUGUCCUCUGCUGUAAAGCUUUCUAUUCAGCCAGAGUUUGUGUUUGGAGGAGGAGGAUGGGGUAAUUCAGAGGGACCCAGAUUCCCAGGGGAAAGCAGGGUCCUUUUGGCCCAAGAGGGUGAUUCUAAUGGACACCAGGCUUCCUUCCAGACGGAGAGGAGAGGCAUAGUGAAGAGGAAAAGGAGAGGGGGAGGGGAUAGAGAGAGGGGAAGUAAUGAAAACCAUCCAUCCAUCUCCUGACGUCAGUGACACAGAGAGAAAAAGAGGUGUUUGAAGUGCUGGAAGCUUUCCCUGAAGUGCGUCAACCAAUCCAUCUAUAUGGGAGGGGUGGCUCUCUCCAAGUUUCAGUCUCUGCUGAUUUACCUCAGAAGCUCUUGAGUUUCACUUCUGUCUACAGCGAGCUCAAAGUAUUUAUGUAAAUGAAAUUCAGCUUGAACAACAUGAUAUACUGCAGAUUUUUGCCUGCAGUUGUACAAGAACAUGUAGAACAAAUGUUUGUCCUUUCUAAAAUGGCCUGUAUUCAUGUUUUUCUUCUGUGUUAAUGAUUUUGUUUCUGUCUGCAGGAGACAUUGGAGCAAACAGUGGAGAGGACAUCCAGCUGACGACCACUAUCACCCACGUUGAUGGCCCCACUGAGAUCUAUAAGAUGACCGGCAAAGAGGCACAAGAGUAGAUUUCACACUGUAUGAAAUUAACAAGACGCCCCUCUGCUACCUACUGCUCCAAUCAUUCCCUCCCUCCUACAUGAGUUAGGUUUUUCUCUGUACAUCCCCUGUCAAAAAAAUUCCAUCAAUGAUCCACUUUGCAUGUACCUGACAGUUCCACAGUUAUCAUUUUCACUACGUGCACCAAACCUCAGCUGUGUUGUUUUAUGCAGCCAUGUUUCCCAGAGUUUGUCUCAAGAUUGAAUGAUACCAAUACUCGUAUCAGUCCUUUUCAUUUCAUGGGGAAUUCUUUUCUCACAUUUCAUAACUAAUGUACAUUUGUUAUUGCACAACGCUUUUGACGCCAAAAAAAAAAGAAAAGAGUGCAGUGCAAAGAUAAAGUAUUUCUUUGUGGUCAGAUGUUGCAUUUAGCACCAGCUACACUCCAGUUUCGAUUUAAAGUGUGACGAAACGACGUCUUUUGUACAGACUGGAACUUCUGACGGAGACAGGCAGUAAGAUAUUUGGGUAAAUUUAGCUUCUUAUUUUGAUUGUCUGCAGAAUGACGUGCUCAGUCAAGGCCUUAAAAGUUUUUGUCACGUGUAUAUUCUUACAUAGAAAGUAGAUCAUGUUGAAUACUGCUGUCGAAGUUUUGUAUAUCACUGAGGGGGUGGACCGUACAGACCACAUAUUCACUUUGAGGAAUGCAUACUCUGUGUUCAUUAUGUUACAAUGUAGAUAUCUGUUUUUUUUAUAUAAAGUGCGCAUUUUCAACUUCAUAAAUUAUAUGCAUCAAUGUUUUUGAAGUUGACUGUAGCCUAUUAUUCAUGGUUUUUGGUUUGUUUUUGCUUUUUAUGCUAAUUUAAAUAAAAACAGCCUUUUACUUAACAC